AUGGCUUUUGCUGCUGAGAUCCAAGAUCCUCUUACGCUCAACCUUGGUCGACAAACGAAUAUCCUGCUCUCAUACCUCCCGAACGAUUCUCAAUAUGCUACAACGCUACGAACUGCAUCUAGUCGCGCUGAACUCUUGUGUAUACUAUCAAAUCUGCUUGCAACGCCUGGUCUUACGAAUACAAUCGCUGUUCUCUUCCGGCCACUUCUUCUUGACCUAUGCGCGCGCUGGUUAUUCGACGAGGAGAAUCUUACGGAAAACUUCUAUGCACUUUGCUUGCUGCUCGAUAUUCACCCAGAGAUCUAUCCUAUCUUUGCUUCAUUCGUCCGUCGGCCUGCUUUGAAACAUGGUCCUCUGGCUUUCGUGACCCAAAUAACAGAUGCGGCAAAAGUUGAUGCUUUAUUGCUGCAACGCAUAUUGCUCUCCUACUAUCGAGUGUUGCAGGCGAACCGAAGGUUACCGGAAUCGCUGUUGUGGUCGUUGACCCCACUGGCCCAGCUAGUAUGGGCACCCUAUGCGGAUAACGGUGUGCGCUUUCUGGCGGUGCGUUGCUAUGCAUUGCAAUCAGGCAUGAUGGAGGGAGAGAGAGUAAAGAUGGAAAAGGAAGUUAUUGGAGAUGUUGCCGAAGUGGAUUGUCCUAUUGACUACGAUGCCAACAUGGAUGGUAGUCGAAACCAGGUCGAUGGAUGGCUGAUACCGCUUAUGGAGUUAGACCGAAUUUCUGAUGCUAGAAAUGCUCAAUCACAACCUCAAGAUUAUUUUUUAUCUGAUUCAAAUAACUCAAAUGAGCCUAUUCAUCCGGCAGAGUUGAGUCCUUUAACCGCGAACGUGCACGGUAUCCUCAUGCUUCGUUCCUCGGUCACCACAAUCUUAAAUAAGUCGUUGAUCGAAACAUCGACUGCCGUUCAAGCUCUCCGGACGCUAGCCAUACACCAUUCACUCCGGGUCCCAACCUUGAUUACAUCGGCUCCGUCUUGUGGGAAAUCUGUAUUGCUAUCACACCUAGCUUUGGUGUUACAUCCGGAAUCCCACUGUACAAUCGUGACAAUACACCUCGCUGAUACAUCCUUGGAUGCCCGAACUUUACUUGGGUCAUAUGUAUCGUCUCCCGUGCACCCUGGUACCUUCGAAUGGAGAGAAGGGGUGCUGGUGCGAGCCAUGCGGGAAGGCAGGUGGAUAGUUCUUGAAGAUGUUGAUCGCGCGAGCAUGGAAGUCCUAGGCGUCCUCAAACCAUUAGUGGAGUCGCUUGGCCCAGCCAAGGCCGUCGGUGGACGAGCCGUGUUGGAAGUACCAAAUCGUGGUCGCGUGGAAGCUGACGAUAAAUUUGCGAUUUAUGCUACACGCUCGCUCACGCCAUCUCGCGAUGGGUCAUUCGCAAGUCCGACAUUUUAUGGAGCGCACAAAUUUUACGACAUGGUUAUUCCUUCUCCCACCUCGGAGGACCUCCGUAUGAUUGUGGAAGCCAAAUUUCCCAAGCUUGUAGGGACAGCCGCUCAAGGGCUGAUCGACUUGUGGGAGGCUUUGAAAGCUCUCGGAGUGACCGUCUCAAUGCGAGAUAUUGGGUUACGCGAGCUGGACAAGUUAUGCGCACGCGCUGAUCAUAUACUUCCCGCUUCGCACAAAGCAAUGGACAUCGUAGCCUCUCCCGAGGCGCCAUUUCUUCUGCAAACAACUUUCCCAAAUCCCACAUUACGAGAAGACUUGUACCUGGCAGCUCGGGACGUGUUUUUUGGUUCCGGGGCUACUACGACGUCCGCUCGCAUGCAGUUGGAAACUAUCGCCUCUGUUGUCGCUGAACAUCUUGGUCUGUCAUCGGAGAGAAGAGAUUGGUUACUGUAUAGUCGCGUUCCAGAGUUCGAUGUGGAGAAGGAUGUGAAUGGCAAAAUUAUUGCGGUUCGAGCAGGUGAUAGCCGCCUUCCUUCUCGUGUGCUGAACACACAGAUCUCUCCUCCUAUUAUCCGUCCAUUCGCUAUGCAUAGACCUGCUGUCCGACUAUUAUCGCGCAUCGCUACUGCAGUCUCGUUGGGCGAGCCUGUGCUCCUCACAGGGGAGACUGGCACAGGAAAGACUAGUGUCGUUACCCACCUGGCAUCGCUUCUAAACCGGCCAUUAGUUUCAUUCAACUUGUCCAAUCAGACUGAGUCGUCUGAUCUCAUUGGCGGUUUCAAGCCUGUUGAUGCUCGUGUGCCGGGUCUGGAGCUUCAAGAACGGUUCUUGGAAUUGUUUGGCGGUACUUUCAGUAGGAAGAAGAACGCGAAAUUUGAAGAGUCGGUGAGGAAGGCUGUGCAGGAAGGGAAGUGGAAGAGGGCCGUUGGAUUGUGGAAAGAAUCUGCUAAGCUAGCGAAAGAGAAGAUUCAGUCCAGAAGUUCGAAGGAUGAAGGGGAAGGCGAAGCGCCUCGGAAGAGGCGGAAGGUUGAGCCGGAUGCUCUCAAUGUUCCGGGAGCAACCUGGGAUGUAUUUGAGCGCGAUGUUCAAGUUUUUGAGGUGCAGCAUGUUCAAGACAGCAACAAGUUCGCGUUUGCGUUUGUGGAAGGUUUAUUGGUCAAGGCGUUACGAUCCGGCGACUGGAUCUUGCUCGACGAAGUCAAUUUGGCCAGUCCAGAAACCCUUGAAUGUAUAUCGGCUAUUCUCCACAGCCCGACUGCAUCAAUCACACUCACCGAACAAGGAUCGUUGGAGCCGGUUCCACGCCAUCCUGAUUUUCGCCUCUUCGCUUGCAUGAAUCCGGCUACAGAUGUCGGGAAGAAAGAUCUACCACCUAACAUACGAUCUCGCUUUACCGAAUUUGACGUUCCUCCACCAGAUGCGGACAAGGAAACCCUACUGAGUAUUAUUACUCAGUAUAUUGGGGGAUGUGCUGUAGGCGACAAGGGCACAAUCAUGGACGUGGCCGAUUUCUAUACCGCAGUGAAGAAACUAGCAGACCAGCGCAAGAUUGCCGAUGGAUCCAACCAUAGACCCCAUUACAGCAUGCGCACUUUGGCACGCGCGCUGACGUUCACUGCCGACAUGGCUAGUAUGUACUCUUUGAAGCGAGCGUUAUGGGAAGGCUGUCUCAUGACUUUUACAAUGGCUCUUGAUGAGCCGUCCGCUGCGGUCGUCACUGGCCUUGCUCAGAAACAUCUGCUCGCGGGUGUGCGCAACCCUCGGUCGCUGUUGGCAAAGGAGCCUACCCCGCCUCAACCGCCGGAAGCCUUUGUCAAGUUUGGUCCAUUCCACUUGCAUCGCGGCCUUCUGGAGGUGGACCCAGCAGAAAACUAUAUCAUGACCCCGUCAGUUGAAACGAAACUUAUUGACCUUGCUCGAAUCAUCUCAGCGAGACGGUUCCCUGUGUUGAUUGAAGGUCCCACGUCGAGCGGAAAGACGAGCUCAAUUGAAUAUCUAGCGAAGAGGACAGGACACCGCUUUGUUCGCAUCAAUAACCACGAGCAUACAGAUAUUCAAGAGUAUCUUGGAACGUAUGUUUCCGACGCUGUAACCGGCAAACUGGUCUUCAGAGAUGGUCUCCUUGUACAGGCCUUGCGCAACGGUGACUGGAUCGUACUAGACGAACUCAACCUUGCCCCUACCGAUGUUCUCGAGGCAUUGAAUAGGCUUCUCGAUGACAACAGAGAACUUGUUAUUCCGGAGACGCAAGAAGUCGUCCGACCUCAUCCUCAUUUCAUGCUCUUUGCUACUCAGAAUCCUCCUGGGCUUUACGCGGGAAGAAAGAUCUUGUCACGAGCGUUCCGAAAUCGUUUCCUUGAAGUCCAUUUCCAGGAUGUUCCACAGGCUGAACUAGAAACGAUACUUUGCCAGCGUUGCCGAAUCGCACCCUCCUACGCUCAGCGCAUUGUAAGCGUGUUUCAAGAAUUGCAGAAGCGCCGACAAUCGAGUCGAGUCUUUGAGAGCAAACAUGGUUUUGCAACCCUUCGGGAUCUCUUCAGAUGGGCACAGAGAGAUGCACUAAAUUAUCAAGAGUUGGCGGAGAACGGGUAUAUGCUUCUGGCUGAACGAACACGUCGAGAGGACGACAAACUCGUUGUGAAGGAGGUCAUCGAAUCCAUCAUGAAAGUUCGAAUUGACGAGAAGGAGAUGUAUAGUAUGCAUCGCGCUCAAGUCGAUUUCGAUAGUUUUCUAGGCUGCCCUCUUCCAAGAGACACGCAGUUAGUCUGGACUUCCGCCAUGCAACGUUUAUUUAUUCUCCUUGCUCGCGCCUUGCGAUCCAACGAACCUGUGUUACUUGUUGGGGAGACGGGAUGCGGAAAAACUUCCGUAUGCCAGGUAUACGCAGAGGUGGUGUCCAGGACGUUGCGCACUGUCAACUGUCACCAGAACACGGAGACUGCGGACCUCAUUGGCGGGUUGAGGCCUGUUCGCAACCGGACCACUGCUGAAUCUGAGGCGCUACGUCAGCUAUCCUUAGCGCUGGAAAAUAUGGGUGUCGUUCACGAGCCAGAAUCUUCGCAAUCUGUAGUUUCGACAGCGGAUCAUCUUAUCAAAUCAGGCUCUUUGGACCGCCAACAAUUUGACACAUUGAAAGAGAAACGUUCAAACCUGCAGAAGCUAUCAGCAUUAUUUCAGUGGUAUGAUGGUCCGCUUGUUGAAUCAAUGCGCGAUGGGGACAUCUUCCUACUCGAUGAGAUCUCUUUGGCGGAUGAUUCAGUUCUCGAACGUCUGAACAGCGCCCUCGAACCCGAGCGUACAAUUGUUCUAGCCGAGCGAGGUGGGGACAACCUCGAGCUCUCUUCUAUCACUGCCGCCGAUGGAUUCAAGCUCGUCGCCACAAUGAAUCCUGGCGGUGAUUACGGCAAGAAAGAGCUAUCCCCUGCUCUGAGGAACAGGUUUACAGAAAUUUGGGUUCCUCCCCUCACUAACCGUCGGGAUCUGGAGUGUAUUGUUGAUAGCCUGUGGGCCAACGAUCAGCUCAAAGCACAAACCGCAAACUUGCUCGAUUUUGUUGAGUGGUUAUGUGUGCAAGCCAAUGACCGAUCUUUAUUGAGCGUUCGCGACAUUUUGGCUUGGGUACAUUUUUCAAAUGCGGUCCAUGAAUCUUACCAUGGAACGAUGUCUUCCAAUGAGAUAUUUCAUCACGCAGUUCAUAUGUCAUUUCUCGAUGGAUUAGGAUCGAUGUCGCAAUUCGCGGCUCUUUCAAAAGAGGCAAUUGAGACAUUGCGGUUGGAUGCUUUAGCCAAAGUGCAGGAACUGGCCCCAGUCUAUGAACAUACGGCAGGUCAAGACCCCGCACUUAAUCCACGCACCAACGUUCAUUUAGGGUGUUUCUCGAUCCCACGCGGACCCAAGGAAUGUCAUCCAAAUCUGUUUAAUCUUCAUGCUCCUACUACUCAUGACAAUGGUAUGCGAGUCGUCAGAGCAUGUCAGCUGCCGAAACCAAUUUUACUCGAGGGCAGUCCCGGCGUCGGUAAGACGAGCCUAAUCACGGCUCUCGCGAAUCUCUGUGGAUAUGAGCUCUGUCGCAUUAACCUGUCCGACCAAACUGAUCUCGUUGAUCUAUUCGGUUCUGAUUUACCUGUUGAAGGUGGUGAAUUCGGGCAGUUCGUGUGGAAAGACGCUGAAUUUCUCCGAGCAUUGCAAGAGGGUCACUGGGUCUUGCUGGAUGAAAUGAAUUUAGCACCACAAGCCAUCCUAGAGGGCCUCAACUCGGUCUUGGAUCAUCGUGGUACUGUCUAUAUACCGGAGCUAGGCCGUUCAUUUACUCGUCACCCCUCUUUCCGCAUUUUUGCCGCUCAAAACCCCCUCCAACAAGGUGGGGGCCGCAAGGGUCUCCCAAAAUCAUUUCUCAAUCGAUUCACGAAGGUAUAUAUGCAAGAACUAACCCCGGAUGAUCUCCUCUUAGUGUGCAAAGCUCUAUUUCCGUCUCAAUCUGAAGACCUGCUUCGUGGAAUGAUCACUUACACCAGUCGGUUGAAUGAAGAAAUUGUAAUUAAGAAGUCAUUUGCGACGGAAGGUACGCCCUGGGAAUUCAAUUUACGUGAUGUCAUUCGAUGGGGUACGCUUCUACAAAAGUCAAACCCUGAAAGCCAUCCAUCCCAAUUUCUGUCAGCAAAUUUUCUCCAGCGAUUCCGAAAGACUACGGAUAGGGAACAAGCUCGCAUCUUGUUCGAGAAGAUCUUCCUAGAUUACUCUCACCAUGAUCAUCUGCGUAUCACACUAUCACCGUCUUUUAUGCAAGUUGGAGAGUUUUUUUCUCCUCGCUUAGGUCGACAAAAUAUCCACCCAUCUGGACGAAUACUACAAACUCACUUGGGCGCUCUGGAAGCCUUGGGGACCUGUGCCUCGAAUGGUUGGCUGGCUAUAGUUAUUGGACAGCAGGGUAGCGGUAAGACGUCUUUAGUGCGAUUGUUAGCUCAUCACUGCGGUCGCACCCUUCAUGAGGUCUCGAUCAACAGCGCAACUGAUGCUGCAGACAUUCUGGGAGGCUUUGAAGAAGUCGAUAUUAGCCAUCACAUACGAAGCGCGGUAGAAGGGGUGAUCAAUCUCGUCGAUGAGGUGUCUGCCUCGAUUGACGGUUCGAAGAUGCUUUUGGAUCAAGCCUUCAGCGCGCUCACGUUAGCUAUUCACGAUGACCGAUCGGUGCUCACCAGAGACCUUCUCCAAGACGCGCAGAAAGUGCUGGAUGGAAUGCGGAAUUUAUCUGGUCCAUUAUUGUCACGGAAAGUGACGCUCAUGGCUAUAGUCCAGAACUUAGUGUCUCAUACUCAGCACAGAAGCGGUUUACAAUGGGUUGACGGGCCUCUUGUGCGCGCCCUCAGGGACGGCCACUGGCUCCUUUUGGAUGGUGCCAAUCUCUGUAACCCUUCCAUUCUUGAUAGGCUGAACUCUUUGUGCGAAACCAAUGGAUUUCUGGUGUUGAACGAACGAGGCCAGGUCAAUGGUGCGGUCCAGCUCAUAAAACCUCACCCCGAAUUCCGACUGUUUAUGAGCGUCGAUCCUCAAUACGGAGAAUUGUCUCGUGCUAUGCGCAAUCGUGGACUGGAAAUUGCUCUUGUGGACGAUCCUAGUGAAGAGGAUAGCAGGCGAAUUUUGGAUGGCCUCCACCUCCCGUCCAACCUCGGCGCAACAAACAUCAAGGUAGUACUACAGCGCUACGAGGUUUAUCGACGUGGACUGGUGCGAGCUACGUCCUUUAUAGAUGGGCAAGUCAAACCUAGCGGGCGGUUAAUUGGCGAGGACUCCGCAAUGAGCUGGCUCGAUGAUUUGGCGCCUGUGGUACACGCUACGUCGCUUGCAAGCUCUACAUUCCGACCUUUGACAAACUUUAUCACAAGUAGCGCUGCACCACUUUAUUUGGCUUAUCUCACCCGCUGUACACAAUCGUGCACGUCACCAAGACUAGAUUCGAAUAUCUCUUUGAUUUCUUCUGCUAUCAAGACCUUUCCCCAGACAGCAUUGGUGCAUGGUGUUUACCAGCUCCGUGAGCGUAUCAGUCGUUCACAUAAAAUUCCUCUUGAAUUCCUACUAAGUCAAUCCUUAGAUUUUGACUACAGAUCAGCCAUGAAAUUAGUCCUUCCUGAACAAGAGCGACAGUCUCCUCUUAUAUUGCGAGCCUCUCGUCUGACCGUAGCGCUGAAGCUUGAUUACGAGGAUUUUGAGUCAUCCAUUGAGGGUUAUAACCGGAUUGCUGUACGCAGUGAUCGCAAGGCUGAUGACACGAAAAGCAAAGUGGCGAUGUUGGUCAGGGCACUUCUCAUAGAACUUCGAAGAGCAGCCCAAGCUUUGCUCGAAGGGUUGAAUAACGAUCGACCUACCAUGCAAACGUUACUGGAUGUAAUGCUGACCCUCCUCACCUGCGGCCGUCAUCUGCAGAGGGCUGUAUCGAGUGCACAGCUGGACUAUUCGGAGAUUCGAGUUGUCGUUGGAUGGAUUAUAGAGACAUUGCAAGAACAUCAAGACCCUUUUGUUGAUGUUGCUCCCUCAGCCAAUGCUCUGGUUGAAAUGGUCUCCUUGACGUCUGGUCUAGGUCUCAUUGAAUUAUGGUCGUCUCUGACAACCUUAAAGGAGCCGCUGAUACCUGAAAUCAGUCAGCUCGAAUCCGCCAUGAGCCGAUUCAAUGGUCAAGAUGCGAGGCGUAUGGAGAUCCUCGAUCUACUGUCUCUGUUGAGAUUACCAGGGAUAUCGACGAGGAGUGAAAGGCAUGAGCUUGCACAUCUUACAGAGAAUCUAGUUGCGUAUAUGCAAAGUGCCCCUUUAUUACCAGUAGGCCAGACGAAUGGGCCCCUUGAUGAUUUGUGUCUCGCAAUCGAACUCGGUAUUAUGUCCCAAGGAGACAAGGGUACUGGUUCAGGGCUACUCAAGGAUUUCAUUGACGUUUCAUCUCGACAUGUCCCACUGUGCCGACUGGUACCUCUGCGACAGUGUUUAUGGGCAUAUGAGAAGGGCGAUCGACCAAUUCCUUAUAUCGCUAAACUGCAUGAGCAAUGGCUUGAGGGGAUAUGGAGUAUACCUCCAUUAGCUGAGGUGAAGGGGCCAACUGUUUUCUUAAUCCCCAUGGAAUUAUACGGAACUGUUUUGGAUACUGUUUUGAUUAGAAAGCCGCUUAAAUCGUUUCAGAUAGUAGAACGAGCUCUUACCCGUCGUCUGGAUAUCUUCGCCACCUCACUACUUCAGUAUGAUGCCACUCGCACAACGCAACUGAAAGACCUGUUAUUUCAAUCAGUCACCAUGAUAUCUUCUUGUUUUGGAGCAUCCGACCUUAGCGAGAGCUACUUUACUCGUGGAAAUCUGACCCGCCCGUUCUCCCAGUUGCAUAUCAUAGAGAGUAUCCAACAACCUGCGAUUCAAGACAUUUUCAAGCGUUAUCUGCUUCCUGAACUCGAAAAGUUGCCACAAGGCCCCUUCGAUUCGGAAAGUCAGAUGUUGGGACUCCUCGGCCGUUGUUGGCUUGCCCUCGGAAGAUUGACGCUUGAACUUUAUGUGCCAAACACGCCGAUAGAUCCUGCUGCUAUGCAACGGUGCUCACAUAACUUCUGGAGUGAAGAGAUGGCACAUCUCUCAAGUCAAUUGCGCUUGCAUUUGGAGUACGAAAGGCGUACCAAUGGACUACACACAAAUCCCUCAAUAGAGUAUCUACAGUUCGCCCUGGAUGAUGCUGAGCGGCAUGUUUCCUGCAGCGCUGUGGCGCCGCCCCCAGCUCGCAACGACCUAGCCCGACUGCACUCAUUUUGGGCAGAAAUACUACAAUUCAUAGCGCAAGUUAUAUCCCCGGCGAGAAUCAGGUCGAUCGUAAUGGAUUCAGAGCGACGAGAUACUCAUGUUUUCAUGCGCGAAGAGGUUGUGCAAGAGUCUCUGACAGCUUUCCUCCAUCGACUCCGUACAGCAUAUCCCGACUUUAGUGAUCUUAAUGGACCUAUCGAACUUGCUCUGCUCUACUUCAAGCUUGGUCUUCGCUUACUCGUAUGUGAUGCAAGGCGAGCAGAUCCUGCUUCGAAUGAUUUAUGUCAAGUUACCUCAGCACUAGUGGCAUUUCCCAGCGUGCGCAGUGCCGAGUUGCUACGUGUCCAGACGACUCCGUCAUCGUCUGCACACUCGGCAUUGAUCUUUUUACUGUCUAACCUUGCAGGUGUUGUUCUGGAAGCAUCACUGGGAUCUGAUACUCAGUCUUAUAUCCAUACAACAGAGGCGAUCUUCGAGCAAAUCUUUGGCUUUUGGUCUAUUGAACGAGCUAGAGGCGAAGAAGCUGAUAGAGCAGCACAGUCACUUUACCGUCAGAACAAGUUGGAACACAGUGCUACGACGGAUGCCGACAUGGAGGAAGAAGAAUUCUUGUCGAUGUUCCCCCAGUUUGAGGGCGUUUUCGAUACGGACGCACCGGAAGCGUGCGUAGCCUCAAAGCAUAGCCCCUUAUUCGAUAGACAGCAAACCGCUCAAUUAGGGGAACUUCAUCGGUGUAUGUUCAAACCUAGUGCAGACUCGGAGCCUUCGUCAAAUGUCACCAAGCAGUUCCUAGAUUCCCGCCGGUCGCUCGUGGCAACAAUUCUGGAAUCACAAGCGACCUCUCUGCCUGAGACACUCGAUGUCCACAGCCGCGCGUUCCAAAUACCCUUCCUCCAUGAAUAUCUCGGGUUACUGAAAGGCACCCACGCCCAUCGCCAGACAUACAACUUUUAUCUAGACGCUAACGUUCGCGAGACCAGAAAGGGAUCAGAGCUUCUUGUGUCCUUCCGCGCCCGACUUGAACAACUAAUUCAAGAGUGGCCUGAUCAGAUGGUCCUGCAAUAUCUCCGCACGCGAUGCGACGCCGUAUUGGACUUCAGUCUCUCCAGUCCUGUCGCCAAGGUACUGUCCGCUCUCGAACAGCUCCUGCUGCAGACCGAAGACUGGGAGAUGUACGCGAACCGAGACAACUCCCUAAAAACGUUUCAACAGAACAUGAUUGACUUAAUUGUCGAAUGGCGCAGGCUGGAGCUCUCAUCUUGGCAAGGCUUGUUGGAAUCCCAGGCGAGGGAAUUCGCGCACGGUGCAUUCGAAUGGUGGUUCCGACUCUAUGAAGCACUCAUCAAGGGCGUCAUGGCUGCGGUGAACGAAGCGGGGAAUGAUGUCACCAUAGUAACUGAAUAUCUGGACGGACUGGUGCCUCUCCUCGACGAGUUCCUCACGUCAAGCCCCAUUGGCCAGUACCACACGCGUCUGGAGUUGCUUUCCGGCUUCACAGCUUAUAUUGAGCAACUCAUCGACUCACGGCUAGGUAUAUCACAACCGGAACUGCAAGCCGCACUCGGCCGUACCGCGCGCAUUCUGCGCUUUACUGUGCGCUUCUACGGGCAGUUUGCCACCGCAGUGAAUGCCCGACUCGCAAGCCAGCAGGCAGUGCUAGAGAAAGAUGUACGCGCGUUCAUCAAGCUCGCAAGCUGGAAGGAUAUCAAUGUGCAUGCACUGAAGCAAAGCGCGCAGAGGACUCAUCGACAACUAUACAAGAGCAUCCGCAAGUUCCGCGACGUUCUCCGGCAGCCUGUUACUGAGCUGAUGGUGCCAGGAGCCAAGGUCGCGGAAGCGCCAGAAUUGGAGCAAACGUCCCUACCGAUUCCGGACGUAGAUCUAGGACUUGUGUCUAUGAACCUUCAGUUGCCCGAUCCAUUAUCCACGACGGACGUAUCUCCUCACUUGGCUUACCUGAACAGAACAUACAAGACUUUCGAGAGGCUCAUCAUCGAUCGCAUGGUACCCUGUCUGCGCUCAUUCUCCACAACACACAUCUCCGACCUCGCUCACGAGAUCGUCACUCAAGCGCACGCUCUUGCUGCAUUUCCUGUUCCAUCGGGGCUAUCUUCCGCACAACGGGAGAAGCUGUUCAAAUCGCUCCUCACGCGGAAGCGACGCGCAUGGAGCGAGCUGCUCAAAGAGCUCAAGCGUAUUGGGCUCGCAGCAAGCGUCAAGCCGGAGGUGCUCAGCAAGCUGCACAGUUCGCGCUGGCUGAGGGAGCAGAUGCUCGCAUCGCCGGAUGCACACAAUUAUCCAAAGAGUGUGCCUGACGCGCUUGCACGAGCGGAGGAGUACCUACAUCGGCUGGCGAGCUUGCUUCCUGGCGUAAGAGCUACUCUGGCCGAUCAUCACCAGGACGUGAACACGCGAGAGCUCCAGCGAGGUGUCAUGUUUCUCGAGUCUGGAUAUUACAUGGCGCUGGAUAGUCAAAAAAGCAUAUGCGAGGCAUCUGGCGAGCUUGCCCAGCUGGAAGACGCGGUAACCCGCUUACAAAUGUUAGCUACGGGUGAUAUCGUUUCCGGCGGGCUCGAAGCACUCCAACACGCGUCGAGUAUGAAAGAGACGUACUGCAAGCUCGUGCACGCAUUAGAGGAGAUGUUGUAUUAUCUACGCGAGUACCACACGCACCUUCCACAUGCAAAGAUCUGUCAGGAAAUGCUGGACGAAAUACAGUCCACAGUCGAGGUGUCCAGACAACUGCUGUCAUCUGUGACACAGGUGGUGGCGAAAAUGCGUCUCACGCGAGAGCCGAUCUUGCUCAAAGAUGAAGCUACCGAGAUUACGUGGGCACAGGAGCACAUAGCAAACACACUCAACGCGCUCGAAAAGUGGGGAACUGACAGAGACUUCGUCGCCUUACACACAAAUCCAGUGCGGGACUGGCUCAAGGACAAAACACUCCCGGGCUAUCACGAAACGGACAAGGGCGAUACCGAAGACAGCACAGGACCACUGAUCGACACUCUACUGCUGAAUAUGCAAGCACUGAUAGUAAUUUGCCCAUCUGCAGCAAUCGACGAGCAAGAGGGCCAAGACGGGUUUGUUCGAGAGGACCACAAAAUGCUACUCCAAUUGACUCGCGCGCUGAAGCUAAGUACAGUUGUGGAACGUGUGCAUACAGUCCUGUGCGAAGCUGCUCGAUGUCCUCAAGCGCAAAAGGACGUCCGCCUCGCGAGAGUACUACCUUUCCUCAAUCAGUACGUCGGGCUGGCAAGGGAGAACGUGCGACAGCAAAGCGAGUGGACGAGGGCGCUGUUCAAGCUGGACUAUGUCGUUUGUAACGUUGUACGGAGUCUCGCGCGUGAAGGGUUCUGCAAACCGCCCGACGCAGAGGAGGCAGGCAAUGGCCAAGAGGGAGGGGAGCUCCAAGCGGAUGGGACUGGACUGGGAGAUGGCGCCGGCAAUGAGAACGUGAGCAAGGAUAUUGAGGACGAAAGUCAGGUGGAGGGCCUGCAGGGCGAAGAGUCGAAUCCGGACGAGAAAGUUGAAAGGGCGGAAGAGGGAAAUGCGGUAGAGAUGAGCGAGGACAUUGGUGGGCAGAUGCAGGAUAUUUCAGACGGAGAGGGAGAGGAGGAAGGAGAUGAAGAGAGCGAGGGGGAUCCUGAAGAACAACUGGGUGACUUGGACACGUCCGACCCGGCUGCGGUAGACGAAAAGCUGUGGGGUGAUGAAUCAGGGCCGAAGGAUGAUGGCGAGGACGGAGGCAAGAGCGGUGAAGAUCAUUCGAAAAGCGAGCAGCAGAAACCGGAGAUGGUGGCGAAAGAAGACAGUGGCGGAAAGGAUACCAACAAGGAGGAUUCAGACAAAAAGGAAGACGGCGUGCCCGAGGAUGGCGAGGAAAUUGUAGACGACGCGAUGAACGAAGACGAAGCGGGCCCAGACGAGGCCAUGGGUGGGGCACCUCUAGACGAUCACAUUCAGGAAGCAGAAAUGCUAGACCUACCGGACGAUCUAGACCUUGACACGGGCAAGAAUGAGAAAGAGGAGCUACUGGACGACGACAUCAGCAUGGGCGACGAGGAAGAACUUGAAAAAGACCAAAAUCAUCCUGACCAAGAGAACGCCGAUGGAGAGUCAGAAGCUGAAGCGGAAGAUCCGAAGCCGGACAUGGCGGAAUCCAUGCAGGAGGACAAUGCGCCGGCAGAUGGGCACCCUGAAGAAGGCAAGGAUGAUGCAAUUGCACAGCCAGACCUACACGGUGGGGAUGGGAUCGAUCAGGGAAUGUCCAAUGGUGCAUCCGCGUCCGAAGCGAAGGGUGAAGGAUCCGGCGCUGAGAUGGCAGCCCAGGGGCAGAGCGAGGACGUCGAUAUGACCCCACAAGCAGAUGAAGGGCACCAAGACAUGCAGGAUAUAACAAGGACAGAGCCUUCGGAUGUCAACCAGUCUGAGAGCCGCGCGGGAGACGCUGGCGAAAACGCUGCAGGAUCGGAGCGGACGCAGGGCGGGGAGGCUUCCGUCCAGUCGAAAACGAACCAGCCCAUGAGCAACCCAUUGCGUAACCUAGGCGACACUCUCCGCGAGAUUCGUCAGCGGCUCGACGAUAUCCUCGAAAGUGAUGGCGUGCGUAAGGACCCCAUGCAGCAGCAGUCCGAUCCUACUGCCCAGAUGGAGUAUCUACAGCCCGAUGAUACCGAAGAGGGCCUGCAAGCCCUUGGUCCUGCUCAGCACGAGGAUGUUGCCAAAUUGGACGAGCUCAAGUUCGUCAACGAAGAUCCACAGUCCCUCGACUCGAUUCCCUCUGCAGAAGAUCAGGUGCACGAAGACCCAUACCAGCAUGCACCGCCUCGAUCGUCCCUCCACGCGGAACAGACCUCUCAGCAAUUGAGCAACAAUACGCAGCGUGCACUGAUGCCGAGUGAAGUCCGCUCUACUCUCCCAGACAAUCUUGACAAUGGUGCCGUUCCAAACCCUAAUCCAGAUGCCUCUCCCGCAUUGGAAGACGAAUCAGAGCAAGUCGAGCUCAUGAUGCAGGAAUGGCGAGCCAGUGGACAAUCGCCCGAUCUGGCCGGCGACAUCUGGCGCAAAUACGAGUCCCUAACGCACGAUCUCUCCUACGCGCUCUGCGAGCAGCUCCGCCUCAUCCUGGAGCCGACGAUGGCGACUCGACUCAAAGGCGACUACCGCACGGGAAAACGCCUGAACAUGAAAAAGAUCAUCCCGUACAUCGCCAGCGAGUUCACCAAGGACAAGAUCUGGCUCCGCCGCACGCGGCCUAGCACGCGCGAGUACCAGGUGCUCCUCGCGCUAGACGACUCGCGCUCGAUGGCCGAGUCGCACUCCGUCCACCUCGCACUGCAGACCCUCGCGCUGGUCGCACGCGCGCUGAGCCGGCUCGACGUCGGCGAGCUCGCCAUCGCCAAGUUCGGCGCGGGCGUGGACGUGCUGCACGCGUUCGACGCCGGGCCGUUCACGGACGCGGCCGGGGCAGGCGUCGCGAGCGCGCUCGCGUUCGACCAGCCCGCGACGCACGUGCUCGGACUCGUCGAGACGAGCCUGCGGAUGCUGGAGCGGGCGCGGGAGCGGCGCGCGAUGGCGUCGGCGACGGCGGGGGAGCUGUGGCAGCUCGAGAUCAUCAUCAGCGACGGGAUCUGCCAGGAUCACGAGCGGCUGCGGAGUGUGCUCCGGAAGGCGUAUGAGCAGCGCGUGAUGGUCGUAUUCGUCAUUCUCGACUCGUUACAUGCGCGGAGCGCGACGGGCGCGGGGGGGACGGGGGAGAACGCGAAUUCGAUCCUGUCGAUGUCGCAGGUUGCGUACAGGACGGUGGACGGGCGGAUGGACCUGCAUGUGGAGCGCUACCUGGACACGUUCCCGUUUGAGUACUACGUCGUGUUGCGGGACGUGGAGGCGCUGCCGGAGGUGCUGUCGGGCACUCUGCGGCAGUUUUUCGAGAGAAUGGCUGAGGCUUAA